AUGCACUCGUUUUGCACCUGCUUCCUGUCUUUCUCCCUCCUCAUGGUAUCAUUCCUGGUGAGUGCCAGCGUUUCAAACAGCUUCAAAGACUGCAGACACUUUUUCUACAUGCAGACACCACCUGUCGGGAUCAGAGGAACAAGCUUGAAGAAGAUCUGCCAGAGGUAUGCAGACAAACUGCGCUACUCCACGUUGUAUGACAGCAGUCGCCACCUCCCCCUCUACUCAGCCUACAUCUUUAAGAAGUCUGAUGGGAAGAGGAGGAUGGACACACCCUGGAUGUAUGAGCCUCAGUUGGUUUCUGAAGAUGAGAGUGGUAACAUGAGGACACUUCCCCUUACAGAUGACACACCCCCUCUGAUUGAGGACAGCCAGGCUGUGUUGGAGGACUAUACAGAUGCUGUGCAAUAUAAACGUGGUCCACUUAAUCCAGACCUGCACCAAGCAGAGCCAGAUGACAAAUCCUCCACCUACACCCUGACCAACGUGGUCCCAUUAAUCACAGACGUCAUGGACCUUUCCUGGAAUCCAUACUUGGACAUUGUUCGCCGUCGCCUCAACAACUUCUGCUUUGGCAAAUCUUUUAUGGUGACAGGGGUGACCAUCUCUGGGGCAACCAUCCAGAAAGAUAAAAGAGACCGCUUGGCUAUUCCAAAACAUUUGUGGCUGGCGUACUGCUGCCCACAGUUUGAUCGUAAUUCACCGUACGAGGUGAGGUUCAUGUUUCCCAGUUAUGGGGGCUAUGCACUGAAUGAACAGACUGGACACAGUGUGGUGGAAGUCCCUCUGAAGACUCUGGAGGUUUUCCUAAAGAGCCAAACAGACAUAGACAAUGAUGUGACUAUUUUUUACAAGGGCUGUGUGUCAGAAAACCUCUUCAAAAAGAAGAGAGACCUGAUUAGUGUUUCAGUAUGA